AAUUCAGUGUCAGCUGAGAUUUUAACAUGCACAGUACUCAGUUUGUUGAUUUUUACCUCAACCUAACAUUCAAAUAAUUUAUUGUUUCAAUUAUUAAUAUACUAGUGCACUAAAAUAAUUAUUUUAUUUAAAUUCAAAUAGUGCGCUAAUUAUUUGAAUUUUUAAAUCUCAUUAAUAAUUCAAAUUAUUGUGUGAUUUUGUGAUAGUAAUUAUACCAUUUGUGGAUUAUUUUGUUCAUGACAAUCGACAGGUGCUACACCUCCGCAAUAUGAGUGAUAUAUGGCCAUGAACGACUUCUUAGAAUUUCACGACACCGUGUAAAAAUUUAUUACUACUUUGCGGCAGUAAAAUAAUUAUUUGUUAUUUUAUUUUGUAUGGAGUUUUAAAAUAUCAAGAAUUAUUUUUUGGAGUCGUCCAGGUUUUAUAAAAAAUUCACACAAUCACACAAUAACGAGUAGUAUUUAAAAAAAAAAAAAUAAUAAGUUAUUUUUGUUAAAUAAAAGGAAUCCCAGCAUCAAUGUCCAAGUCAAUCACUAGCUGGACCUUUUGGAGAAAGCCAAGACGGGUACGAUUAGACGUGACUACAAAACCUAAAGGAAAAAAGAAACGGUCUAAGAAAGUAGAUCGUCCGAGCAGUGUCAUUGAAAAAGAACAAGGCCAGAGUAGUAACACUACUCCUACUACUGCUAACAACAACAACAACAACAACAACAACAAAAAUAAUAAUAAUAUCAAUAGUAGUAGUAAUAGCGAUAAUAAUAACAAAGUGAUAGAAGAAGUUGAUGAGAUUGUUAGCAAAGAAGUAAAAGCAGAAGUAUUUAAAAAUAAAAUGGAAUAUUCAAUAUCACGAUUAGACAAUCGUGUUCCCAAGGAGACACCAAUUACUGAUGAUUACGAAAUAAGUAAUCACGUACUAGGACUUGGUAUCAAUGGACAAGUUGUUGAGUGCUAUGACAAAAAUACGAGAGAAAAAUACGCCCUUAAGGUACUUUAUGACUGUAUGAAGGCGCGGAGAGAAGUCGAAUUACACUGGAGAGCUUCUAAUUGUAAACAUAUUGUACAAGUUAAAGAUGUUUAUGAAAACACUUAUGGAGGAAAUAAAUGUCUGCUUGUAGUAAUGGAGUGUAUGGAGGGUGGAGAACUUUUUCAACGGAUACAAGAUCGCCAGGAAGGCGCGUUCACUGAGAGAGAAGCUGCACAAAUAAUGUAUGGAAUUUGUCUUGCAGUAAAGCAUCUUCACGACAUGAAUAUUGCUCACAGAGAUCUUAAACCUGAAAAUCUUUUGUACUCAAAGUUAGAUAGCUCGGGAAUACUGAAAUUAACAGACUUUGGUUUUGCCAAGGAGACUAAUAUUAAAAACACAUUACAAACACCCUGUUAUACACCUUAUUAUGUUGCUCCUGAAGUAUUGGGACCAGAAAAGUACGACAAGAGCUGUGAUAUCUGGUCGUUGGGAGUGAUAAUGUACAUUUUAUUGUGCGGUUUUCCCCCGUUUUACAGCAACCACGGCCUAGCCAUAUCACCGGGCAUGAAAAAGCGAAUUCGUUUAGGGCAAUACGACUUUCCCGCUCCAGAAUGGGAACACGUGAGCACCGAAGCACGAGAUUUGAUAAAAGGAAUGUUGCGCACAGAUCCCGCUGAAAGAUUUACCAUCGAAGAUGUUAUGAGAAAUAAUUGGAUUUGUAAACACACAGAAGUACCGCCAACUCCAUUGCAUACCGGGCGAGUCUUGCGUGAAGGAGAAGAACUUUGGCCAGAAGUACAAGAAGAGAUGACUCGGUCUCUCGCGACAAUGCGUGUCGACUACGAUGCCGCUAAUUUGAAACAAUUAGACAAUUCAAACAACCCGCUGCUGAUUAAACGUCGACGGGCGAAACAAGCCGCCGCCGUAGGGCCUCCACUGUCUCCUACGCCCGCGUCAUAAGACAAUAAUAUUACUAAUUAAUUAAUUAAUUAAUUUAUAUGAUCAAUAGACCAAUCAUAUAAUGAUUACAAAAUGUCUAUACUAAGAUAAUUGUUGAUGUUUUAAUUACGACGAGCUUACGGCUUACGUUACUGACAAUAUCGUGAAAAAAAAUACCGCCCACUGUGCAGCUAUUUUACAAUACACUUAUAUUAAAUAUAUUAUUCUCAUAUAUAGACAAAUAUAAAUAAAUAAAUAUAUAUAUAUUUUAAUUAUUAAAUUAACGAGUUAUCACAGUAGUUUAGGGCGGACUAGGUUGUCAAUUAUAAAAUAUUUAAAUAUGUACAAGUCUUUAAAAAAUAAUGAAUUUACUUAAGAAAUUUACCUGCUAAAUAGUAUAAAUAUAUAUAUAUAAAACGUAUUACAAAUGAAAUUGUGAUACAAUUGUCGAUAAAUGGCCGUAAUAUUUAAGUGUCAUGAUAAUAAAACUCUGGUAAAAUGCUCGAUAACAUCUGGUGCCGUCCAAAAUUAUCUAUUGCAUUUUAUUUAUUUUUUUCAAGGAAUGGUAGAUAAGUACGGACCUAAAUAUGAGCUUAUGAAUAAUAAUUAAAUAAUUAUAAUUAAUAAAAUAAGUAUAUUUAUGAGACAAAGGUAAAAUAUGUUUCAUAAGUUCGUUAAAAACGGCAGGUAGAAUAAAACUUAAGAAAAUUAUUUGAAUAUUUGAGUAGUCGGUUAAUGAGUUUAUGGUUUAGUUGAUUUAAGCGGAAAUAUAUUCAUGAGAAAAUGGAUUUUUUUAAAUUUUAGUUAGAGAAGAGGCUGGUUGGUUUAUAAGCAAGAUGACCAUGGAGUUUUGUCGUAUUGACACCGAGCACGAGUGCGCGUUUACUUCAAUUCACGGUUUAAUUUAUCUUGUACUUGCUAUUAAUUAUUAAUUAGUGAUUAUGGU